CCUCCCUCCCCCGCUCCCUUUCAAGCACCAGAACUGAAUCUCUCUUCCUCGCCUGUGUGUGGUCUGGCUAUGGUGCCUCCAAACCUCUGCGCUUCCAAACCCUGAAGCCUCGUACUCUGCUCGUCUCGCCGCGUCGUCUCUCAGCUUCGUUCGUUUCGCAUGGCUGCUUACGCGGAAGUUUAGCAGGUUUUCGUUGUACGGGAUUUGCUCGAGUAUACACGUGAUUUCCUUGUGUCUGUGGUCGCAGUGGCCAGGUGAGGGGAGCUGGGGCUGGCAGUCGUGUUUGAGCUUCAGCGGAGGUCUAGUUUGUGAUUGGGCGAGGGUGUGGUGAGUGAAGGAUGAUUUACGAGAGGGUUCCAAGGGUAGUCGAAGGGGCCGUAGUGUUGCGUCUCCGAUUUUGAUGCGUUUGCCCUAGAAUUUGAAAGGCAGGUGUAGUAAGUGUGGUCUUCUCCUGGAGGUCGAGGAAUUCAUCUUUGUUUCCACGUGUUUUCCUGAAGUAGUUUCGGGUUUUUGUGUGGUUGACGCUAACGGAGGAAUAGUGCUAUUGCAAUCUUCCUUUGUGAGCUUGCAUUCCGGGUUGCGUAGGGGCGUGUUUGGAUGUUUUGAGUCGUAGGGGGUUGCAGUUCAGUAAUUGCGGUUUCGGCAUCUGAAUCUGUUGUUGGAAGCUGUUGCGGAUCGAGGGUCGUCUUAGAAUAUAGAAUUUUAGACCCCUUCAGUGGUUUGUGUUUGGUAAUCGUAACAAUCCUGCAUUCACUCUGGUCGUAAUCAAAUGUUGGCUAGUUGUUUGGAGUGGUGCUGUUGCAUGAUUCGACAGUAGUUUGUAGUUGUUCAUUUCUAAUAGUUUAGUUAUUUUAGCUUUUUUCGUUUUAAAAAUUUAUUUAAGUAACAAUUGUUCAUCUUGGUAGCUGUUAAUUCGAACUGCCUGGUCCCACCCCGGAGAAUCUCACUUUUGCCAAGGAGCUGUAAUCAAGCUGAGUGGGGAGAGAGUGAUAAUCUCUAAUGCUGGAACGGAGAAAUGUUUGAACCUCUAGAGCUACGGGCGCCUUGUCUCGUCUGUUCGUUUGUACCAUGGCGCCCGCCUGAUUUCACGGUUUCUCGGUAAGAAGACUAGUAUUCACGGAAUGGAAAUGCUGUAGGCACUCCUAGUCCUUCUCAGCGAGUUGAAUGACCUUUCCAGAGGAGCUCAGGGUUCUCAUCCGUUUCGCUGCCCAGAGAAGUGGAGGCAUAGCUUUGAGCUUUUGGGACGUGGCACAUGCGACGAACAAUUUGAAAGUCCGACGUAGAUGCGCAAGAAGUGUGAUAUGGUGUUUUCAACCAAAAUAACAUGGCGUUGGGUGAUAUAGUACUUUGUAGGCAGCGGUCCAUGAAUAGUAUGGGAGGAGGACACUUAAGUCCACCUGGUUUGUCGCAUCUUGCUUCAAACCUCCCUCUAGAGCUGAUAGAUGAUUUGAGUAGGAGGAACCAGGUCGAGGAUGCGCAUCACCUUGCAGCAGCAGAAGAAGACAGUAGCUGCACUAAUGAGUCUGGGGCAACGUUUCUUCCCAACACUUCGUACCUUUGUGACUUGCGGCAUGAUGCUCAUGAAGCUACUGUGGCGGUGUCUGAACCUGGAGUUGUUUCAAGAUGGCGGAUGAAGGAUAGAAUGAAAACAGGAUGGGUGGCGUUAUGUAUGUGCUUAAACAUUGGGGUGGACCCGCCAGAUGUCAUCAAAAUAUCGCCAUGCGCCCGAUUGGAAUGCUGGAUAGAUCCAUUCUCAACUGCAUCUGUCAAAGCUUUAGAAGCAAUAGCAAAAAACCUACAAACUCAGUACGAGCGUUGGCAACCCAGGGCUCGAUAUAAGGUCAGUUUAGAUCCCACCGUUGAAGAUGUAAAAAAGCUGUGUCUAAGUUGUCGAAAAAAUGCGAAGGGUGAAAGGGUUCUAUUUCAUUACAACGGCCAUGGUGUCCCAAAACCAACGGUUAAUGGAGAAAUUUGGGUGUUCAACAAGAAUUUUACUCAGUACAUUCCACUUUCGGUCUACGACUUGGAAUUGUGGCUUGGAAAUCCAUCUAUAUAUGUAUUCGAUUGCUCAGCGGCUGGCAUGAUUGUGAAUGCAUUCUGCGAGCGGUCUGAGUGGGGUUCUGGAGGUGCUUCUUCUGGUUCCCUGACUUCUGCAAUGAAGGAAUGCAUACUAUUAGCCGCCUGUGGAGCAAAUGAAACACUUCCUCAGAAUAGUGAGCUGCCAGCUGAUGUCUUCACGUCCUGUCUUACGACUCCAAUCAAAAUCGCUUUAAGAUGGUUUUGUCCACGUUCUUUACUUCAACUAGAUUCCGACCUAAUAGACAGAAUACCAGGUCGUCAAAACGAUCGGAAGACUCCCUUGGGGGAGCUGAAUUGGAUAUUCACAGCUAUAACAGAUACAAUUGCGUGGAAUGUGCUGCCGCGAGAACUAUUUCAGCGUUUGUUUCGGCAAGAUCUUCUUGUGGCUAGUUUGUUUCGUAACUUCUUAUUAGCUGAACGCAUCAUGAGGGCUGCAAACUGCUGCCCGGUGUCAUAUCCUCGGCUACCUCCCACACAUCAGCACCCUAUGUGGCAUGCAUGGGAUAUGGCUGCUGAAAUUUGUCUUUCACAGUUGCCUGCAUUGGUGGAUGAUCCAAAUGCUGAGUUUCAGCCUAGUCCUUUUUUCACAGAGCAAUUGACAGCCUUUGAAGUGUGGUUGGACCAUGGUUCUGAGCGGAAGAAGCCACCAGAGCAGCUCCCUAUCGUUCUGCAGGUUUUACUCAGCCAAUCUCACAGAUUUCGUGCUCUGGUGCUCUUGGGCCGGUUCUUGGAUAUGGGGGCUUGGGCAGUGGAUUUGGCUUUAUCUGUAGGAAUAUUUCCAUACGUUCUUAAGCUGCUGCAAACAACAGCUACUGAUUUGCGGCAGAUUCUUGUGUUUAUCUGGACGAAGAUUUUAGCUCUUGACAAGUCAUGUCAAGUUGAUCUUGUCAAAGAUGGUGGUCACUCGUACUUCAUCCACUUUCUGGAGAAUCCUGACAUUCACGCGGAACAAAGGGCCAUGGCUGCAUAUGUACUGGCAGUUAUUGUUGACGGCCACCAGCAGGGCCAGCACGCUUGUAUACAAGCUGGCCUAAUCGGCAUCUGUCUCUCACAUAUACAAGCCGCACCAAAUGCUCUAGAUGGACAGACUGAACCCCAACUUCUGCAGUGGCUCUGUCUGUGUCUGGGGAAGCUUUGGGAUGGAGUUGUAGAGGGAGUAUCCAUUGCAUUGCAUGAUGAUGCACCAGCAAUUCUUGGGAAGGUUCUUUCUGAGCCGCAGCCUGAGGUUCGUGCUGCGGCCGUGUUUGCGCUAGGGACUCUUCUUAAAGUUCGAGCGGACGGAACUUCUUCAGAAGGAGCUGACAAUGAUAUGGAUGAAGACACGUCAGCUGCGGAACAAAGAAUUGCAAAUCUCCUACUAACGGUGUUGUGGGAUGGAAGUCCACUUGUACGAGCCGAGCUUGCUGUAGCUCUAGCACGGCUUGCAUUCAGCCACAAUAGGAUGUUUCGUCAGGCUGCUGCAGCUUAUUUGAAACCGCCAUCCCACUCAGCUGUUGUGCCUUACGGAACAGGCUACAGAAAUCCAGGGUAUCCUUACUCUUCGCAAUUCACUUAUGCUGGUCUACAAUCAGAUUCUGAUCAGGGGCUUCAAACUCUGGAUGGAGGGACGCCCUACCGUUCGGUUAUGCGUAUUGUCCGGAGUAGCGGGUCUUUGUCAGGCUCUCCAGGUUCUUCUGGAAACUCUCCUUUGUCUGACAAUCCGGUACUUGGAGAAUCUGGUGGUAAUGCUUCCAGCAACGGGGGCAGCAGACAAUGGAAACGAUCUGAAGAAUGCAACAUGUAUGUGCAGUGCAUAAUGGCUGCGUAUGCAUUGGCUAGAGAUUCUUUUCCUCGUGUGGCUAGUCUGGGUCGAAAGGUUUUGAGGAUAGGUGGAGCUGAUUCUGCUCAAGUUAUGGUAUCGUCGAGGGCUGGUGGUGGUGUUGUAGGUUAUCCGCGAAAUCCAUCUGUAUCCGCACUUCCUCCUACCCCGGCUAUGGCUGGGGUAUUGCAUAGGUCUACAUCUUGGGUGGCUUCUUCUUCAGGUACCCUUGCUAGCACGUGGCGUAUCACAACACCUCCUCCCAGCCCACCUACUCGACCGGCAUUUCUUGCAGGUUCUACCAGCAGCCUUAGACGUGUGGCAUCUAUGGAUAUUUCUGCAGCAUUGGCUGGAGCUUGGGAUGCUUCCAGACCUGCAGUACGAAUAGCUGGUGAUAUUGUCACUUAUCCCUCGUCUCCAAUUCUUAGCACACUGACAUCUGGUCUAGCUGAUGCAGCUGGGAUGACUACUUCCGGGCUCUCAGCGGUGAGUCCGGAUGCAGCUUCAAUCGCCACUUUGUUGCCAGAGUCAACAAUUUAUAAGUGGAGUUGUGGACAUUUUUCUCGACCAUUGUUGGAACCCUCGCACGACGAUGAAGAGGAGAUUAUAGCUCGGCGGGAAAUGAGAGAAAAACUGGCUUUGAAAGGGAUCGAAAGAUGUCAACAUUCAAGUGUGAGUAAAGUGAGUGAUCAGAUUGGCAGUUUGGAUACUCAAUCCGAUGUCGGAACUAAAGCAGUGCUUCUGCAUCCAUUCAAACCCUUGGUCUGUAGUGCAGAUGAGAACGAGACUAUCAGGAUAUGGGAUUAUGAUGCAAAUGAAGUUAUUAACACCUUUGAGAAUCAUAUUAACCCUGACAAAGGGAUUUCCAAGCUUUGCUUGCUGAAUGAGUUGGAUGAUAGCCUUCUACUUGUUGGUUCAAGCGAUGGAAGUGUGAGGGUGUGGAAAGACUACACACAGAAGGAUAAGCAUCGCCUGGCAACAUCAUGGCAGGCUGUGCAAGGACAUAGACCUGGUGCCCGAGGUGUCAGUGCUGUGGUAGAUUGGCAACAAAUGACAGGUUACCUGUAUGCAUCAGGUCAAAUUUCCUUCAUCAUGGCUUGGGAUCUUGAUCGUGAGCAGCUAGUCUCUAGGAUACCUUCUCCCUCAGAUAGCUAUGUUUCUGCUCUGGCUGCUUGUCAGACGCAUCAUGCACAUGUGAUUACGGGAUCUGGAGAUGGCUCUGUCAAGAUUUAUGACCUACGAUCGCGCGAGAUGCUUGUGUGUGCAAUGAAACCACACACCACGAAAGUUGUUGGUCUCGACUUCCAACCUGGAUCAGAUUUCACUAAGAUAAUCUCAGCAUCACAGGUUGGUGAUCUUAAGUUUCUUGACUUGAGAAAGAGCGCACCUUAUCUUGAAGUAGAUGCGCACAAGGGAAAUCUCACCUCCGUAGCUGUUCAUCGGUACGCUGACGUGAUUGCCACAGGAUCAGGCAAGCAGUUGAUAAAAACCUUCAGUUCAAGUGGGGAACUGCUGAGUUCUGUCCGUUACCACAACAGCUUCUUGGGCCAAAGAAUCGGCCCAGUUAGCUCGUUGCACUUCCACUCGUAUAACGUGUUGCUGGCUGCGGGAGCCAGUGACUCUAUGAUUUCCAUCUAUUCCGGGGAAAGCAUUCAAGGAAGAUGAUAUUUGGAGCUCUGUGCUGUUUACAUUCCAAGUUCACUAGCAGAAGCACUCUGUAGGCGUUCGACGAGGCAGCGUACCCGUCCGUGACCCUUAUUUGGUCUAACAAGCCAGAUGUCGAGUCUGGAUGAAUUUCGAAGUGAUGGGUUUUUUCUCAAUCAGGAAAUUCUGGAGUGCUACCCUUGAGUCGGAACUGUUCUUGGUCUUGUACAUGCAGUUCUUUGUCUAUACAUCUCGUCUUUCCAUGUCAUCUCCUUAGAGGAGUAUUCUUGCUAUAGUGAGGUAGUCUUUUGUUACUCCGUAUGUAUUUUUGUACAUCCAUUGAUUCUGCCUUCUGCUGCAAUUGCAUCUUGUGUGCUUUACUUAAAAUCAUUUUGAGAGCCUGCUAGGUGGGAAGUGAUAUGCCAGUGAUUCGCCAUGCUGGAUUCUACGAUGAGGUUAUACCAACAUUUUCCUGGGUAGUUAAUUCGCAAGUCAAGAACUACUUGUAAUGUUCCACUCAUAAUUAUAUCAAUUUUGCUUUUGUUGAUUAGUUUCUA